UUAAGCGUUUAAAAAUUUAAACAUUAUCAAUAUGACAAUAUUUAUUUUUGUAAUUGUAUUUAAUUAAUUGAAUAAUUUCAGCUUCUAAAAUAAAUAUUAAAUACAUAACAAAUGUGAAACAUGGUUGAAGCACACAGUAUUAAUGCGGAGCACAAAGACUUAAUACACGAUGUUGCAUUUGACUACUAUGGAGAAAGAAUGGCGACAUGUUCUACAGAUCAAUUUGUUAAAGUUUGGGACCAAGAUGAACAAGGUAAUUGGAAUUUGACAGCUAGUUGGAAGGCUCAUAGUGGAUCCGUUUGGAAAGUAACUUGGGCACAUCCAGAGUUUGGUCAAGUAAUAGCAACAUGUUCCUUUGACCGUACUGCCGCCAUUUGGGAAGAAAUAAUGGGGGAAAGUAAUGAAAAUGGAACAUUAUUACGGCAUUGGGUGCGCAGAGCAAACUUAGUUGAUUCCCGUACUUCUGUAACAGAUGUAAAGUUUGGUCCAAAAUCUUUUGGAUUAAUUUUAGCAACUUGCUCAGCUGAUGGAGUAAUGCGAAUUUAUGAAGCCCCCGAUGCAAUGAACCUUGCUCAAUGGCCAUUGCAACAUGAAGUAUCAUUAAAAGUACCUAGUAGUUGUCUCACAUGGAAUCCUUUAUUAUCUAAUUUUAGAACUCCGAAUGCAAUGAUAGCAGUUGGUAGUGAUGAUAAUUCCAAUACUUCAAACAGUAAAGUAUUUAUAUGUGAAUACAAUGAAGUAUCUCGUCGAUGGGCAAAAACUGAAUCUGUAGCUAGUGUAGCUCAUCCAGUACAUGAUAUGAUAUUUGCACCUAAUAUGGGACGAUCAUUUUAUUUGUUAGCAAUUGCGACAAAUAAUGUUCGCAUAUUAAAACUCAAACCAAUUCUUAAUUAUAAUUUUUUACACAGUGAUGCUACUAGUGGUUUCCCCUAUACUAUAGAAACUGCAGCUCAAUUUAAUGAUCAUUUUUGUACUGUCUGGCGUGUUGCAUGGAAUAUAACUGGCACUGUUUUAGCAUCAUCUGGUGAUGAUGGAUGUGUGAGACUAUGGAAAUCAACAGUAGAUGCCUGGAAAUGUGUUGGAGUGUUAAAACGUGAUGGAAAAUUGCCACAACCACAAUCUAAAAAGACCCAAUCAACUGCUCAAAACAAUUUAACAAGGUUUUUCAAACUUGGUCAAAUAACUCAUCCUAGUGAAGUACAUUGGCAUUAAUGGCUUAUUAUUAUUUAUUUAUCUUUUGUUUAUUCAUUAAAUCUUGAAUGUGAGGAAAUUCCAUUGUUUUUCAACUAAAGCAGUUACAAUAUUAUUAUUUUAAUUUUAUAAAUACCAACAGUGUAAGUUUUAUUAAUGUUUUAAUGUUUUAAAUAAGCAUUCUCCUAUGAGAACAACUGAAUUUUUGAUGAAAAGGGGGGCUUUUACUUGGCGAAUCACCUUAUAUUAUAUAAUGUUUAACGACUAACAUGAGUGACUUGACGACAAUUGCUGCGCUUGCCGACUGUUAAUAACAGAAUCAGAUUUUAUAUUA